AUGCUCCGCUGAACUGGGUGGGAAAACAUUCGCAGGGAGUUUGCAUUUGAGAGCUCAGCCAUUAUCAGCUGCACACGGGGAAAAAAGGGACUCCUCUGCCGAAAUCCUUUCUCCACACCGGGUGCCGCUUGUCGACUGUUCUCUCCCCCAGCCCCCUCCCCCUCCCUCAGCCUGCAGCCAUGAAUUAUUUGCGUCGGCGUCUCUCGGACAGCACGUUCAUCUCCAAUCUGCCCAAUGGCUACAUGACCGACCUGCAGAGGCCCGACGGCGCACAGCCCCCUGCACCCGCGUCCCCCACCGCGGCCAGGUCUCCCACCACCGGGCCCACUCCCCCGGCCACUUCCCCCGCUCCCGAUAGGAAACCCCCGCAGUCGCAGUCCACCGGGGCGGGCUUCUUCAGCUCCAUCACCAACGUUGUUAAGCAGACAGCCGCCUCGGCGGGGCUGGUGGAGCAGACCCAAGUCACGACAGCGAAGAGGUUCAAGAUUCUGCUGGUGAUUGACGAACCGCAGCAGGAGUGGGUGAAGUUGUUCCGGGGGAAGAAAAUUCACGGGGAUCACGACAUCAAAGUGGAGCAGGCUGAAUUCAAUGAGAUCAACGUCGUGGCUCAUGCCAACGGGACCUGCAACGUCAACAUGCAAGUUCUCAGAAAUGGUACCAAGGUUAUCAGGUCGUUCAAGCCAGACUUUGUGCUCAUUCGUCAACACGCCUUCAGCAUGACCCAGAACGAAGAUUUCCGCAACCUGAUCAUCGGCCUGCAGUACGGCGCCGUCCCGUGCAUCAACUCGCUGGAGUCCAUCUACAACCUGUGUGACAAGCCGUGGGCGUUUGCCCAACUCAUCAACACGCACAGAAAGCUGGGCGCGGAGAAGUUCCCUCUGAUCGAGCAGACGUUCUACCCAAACUACAAGGAGAUGGUGACCAUGCCGUCAUUCCCUGUUGUUGUGAAGAUCGGACAUGCCCACUCCGGCAUUGGAAAGGUAAAGGUGGAAAAUCACAGUAAGUUCCAGGACAUAGCCAGCGUCGUGGCUCUCACCCAGACGUACACCACCACAGAGCCUCUCAUCGACUCCAAGUACGACAUCAGAAUCCAGAAGAUCGGCACCGACUACAAAGCCUACAUGAGAACCUCCAUAUCCGGCAAUUGGAAGACCAAUACCGGCUCGGCUAUGCUGGAGCAGGUGGCCAUGACUGAUAGGUACAAGCUGUGGGUCGACACCUGCUCAGAGAUAUUCGGGGGUCUGGAUAUUUGCGCCGUUAAAGCCAUCCAUGGGAAAGAUGGUAAAGAUUUCAUCACAGAGGUGGUGGGCUCCGCUAUGCCCCUGGUGGGGGAGCACCAGGCCGAGGACAGGCAGCUCAUCGCCGACAUGGUGCUGGCAGAAAUGAACCGGUCGGCGGAGAAGGGAGCAAACGCUCCCCAGAGACCCACCACCAUACAGCCGGGCGCCGGCCAGAAGGGAGAGCUCGUCGGCGAACCCGUUAAAAGCGGCGCCGGGCAGCCGCCUCAGGGUUGUCUGCAGUACAUCCUCGACUGCAACGGCGUCGCAGUGGGUCCAAAGCCGGUCCAGGCCAACUGAGUCCAGUGCAGGAGAGAGCGAGGAAGUCUCCGCGUCUAGAUAACGGCGACGUACCUCAAGCGGGGACGUUUGUGUGCGUUAGUGGACGGCGACGUAUCUAGGGUCAGACGUGGGUGGCGUGAGCGCGGUGCAGCUGAGCGCCGGACUGUGUUUUUAAACUCUAUGCAGUGUCAAAAUGUACCGUCUGCUCGUUGACCCGUUUGUGUGCUCGUAUGGGUCGCUGUGUUUCGGUAGCCGUGGUUUUUCCUUUGGGGCCGUUGUUGGUGAUGUAAAAAGCAGAUGGUGCCUAAACUUCAGUGCUGCUCUGUGCUACCUGUCGGACCCCAGCUAUAUGAAUCUAUUAUUUGCCCCCGCUCCAUUCCUCUGUUUUCUAUUUUUGCUGUGUACCUUUAGAUAUUGUUCAAACGUGCAGUUUGACGUGUGUGUAUAUAUCAGUGUGUGUACGGUACGUGAGCGUGUGGUGAUUAUUUUCAUAUACUAAUAGAUAUUUAUUUUUGUUUUGCAUGAUCGAUUCAAAGAAAGGUGCAAGUUAGUUAUUGAUCAAGUGCGAUGUUUAUGUAACACCACUGUUUCGCCCCAGCUGUGUUCCCUGUGAUUCAUGCAUUGUGAAUGUGUCAUAAGAAAUGCAAAUUAUAUGAGUUCCACAGGAUACAUGUAUUCAUAAUCAAACAGUGUGCGUACACAUACAAUACAGUCAUACUGUAUGUGGCCUUGCUUAAGAGUCAAUUUUACAACUUUAUUGUCAGAAUGUCACCAGAAAAUAGAAAACAUAGAGUGAGGAUACUAAUAAAUGGGCAGGUGAGAAAUAGUUCAAAUUAGAUUUAUUCAAGAUUUUAUUUUAAUGGGAUGUUGUGCAGGUGGCUGCACACGCUACUGAAAUAUAUUUAUAUCAUUUUUAACCAAAGAACAAACGACUUACUUUCAAUCAGUCUUUGCACUACAGUGAGCCACAAUGUAAAUAUCCGUGAGGUGACUGUUAUUACCGCAGUCUGUCACAUGGAGUGUGCGGUUUCACCGGAGCAUUGCUGGACGAUUCUGCUGUAGAUCACAUUGCAGUGAGCUGAUGCUGUUUUCAGCAAUAUCUUUGGUUUGGGUUUUUUUGUGUUUGUUUGUGUGUGGGGGCAAACAUUACGGCGGAUAAUGAAAGGUUAAUGUCUGCCCGCCCUCCUCCCCCCUCAGCCCUCACACACACACACCGGAUGUUGGAUAGUGGUGAUGGUGUUGCCAUGACAACAGUGCAAGGCUUCGAGAGGUUUACUGCGGGCAUGGGCCCGUUCAAAGAUGCAACACUCCUCCCAUGAAACGUGCAAUAUACCAAUAUAUAUAUAUAUAUAUAUAUAUAUAUAUAUAUCACAUCAAUAACCUGUUUAUUUUAAAAUCAGAUCUUCCGACGAAAUAAUUCAAAAAGCUAUAUAUAUAUAUAUAGUCAUCCACACUCUUUUUUAGACAUGUCGCACUCAGUUGUUAUCGGUGGCUUUUGAGGAGGUAAUUUCAUACAUCAAAUAUCAUAAAUGGUGAAACAGCUAAAAAGCAACCAAAUCAACUGUAAAAAGAAAUCUGUACCGUUUCCCCAACAAUUUAUUUGUUACUAUGAUAUAUGAUAUUUUCAGCGAGCUCUGUGUGCAAUUCUUUUUCCAAAAUAGUUUGAAGUGGCAUCGUAUCCGUGAGCGUAUCCUUGUGAAAGCCAUGCCUGCGGCUUUGUGGGUGUGUUGUUCUGUUUAAUAGGAAUUAUGCCAUGGCGUUGAUCUACAAGGGAGGAGCGUGCAGACUUUACCUCCGAAGGGCCAUGGUAACUUGCUAAAUAUAUGUUUAAAACCGGUGUUGGACUGUUUAAACUAAGAUCAGAGUAAAAUAUAUUGUGGAAAAAAGAACGUCCAUUCCGGAUAUUUCCCCUCUGUCACUGGCAAUAAAGCUUCCUUUGCAAUAGUU